AUGGCUGGUUAUGUUGUUGCAGUGAGGGAAAAUUUGAGAUCUGCAAAGAAAGAGUUUAACAAGACCGAGGAUGAUUUGAAAUCUCUUCAAAGUGUUGGUCAGAACAUUGGAGAAGUACUCCGAUCUCUUGACAAUGAACGUUUGAUUGUUAAAGCAAGCAGUGGACCUCGGUAUGUGGUUGGUUGCCGCAGCAAGGUGGAUAAGGAAAAACUAGUUCAAGGAACUAGAGUCGUUCUUGAUAUGACAACACUUAUAAUUAUGCGUGCUCUUCCACGCGAGGUAGAUCCAGUUGUUUAUAAUAUGCUGCAUGAAGAUCCUGGUAAUGUCAGCUAUUCAGCCGUGUGUGGUCUAUCUGAUCAAAUUAGAGAAUUGAGGGAAUCUAUUGAGCUACCUAUUAUGAACCCUGAGCUUUUUAUAAGAGUGGGGAUUAAACCUCCCAAGGGUGUCCUUUUAUAUGGACCUCAUGGUACUGGAAAGACAUUAUUGGCUAGGGCUAUUGCGAGUAAUAUAGACGCUAACUUUUUGAAGGUUGUUUCAAGUGCCAUUAUUGAUAAGUAUAUUGGAGAAAGUGCUAGGUUUAUAAGGGAAAUGUUUGGAUAUGCACGUGAUCGUCAACCCUGCAUCAUUUUCAUGGAUGAAAUUGAUGCCAUUGGUGGACGCCGAUUUAGUGAAGGAACAAGUGCUGAUCGUGAAAUUCAGAGAACACUAAUGGAGUUACUUAACCAUCUCGAUGGGUUUGAUCAGCUUGGGAAGGUUAAAAUGAUAAUGACAACAAACCGACCUAACGUUCUCGAUCCUGCACUUCUCCGUCCCGGGAGAUUAGACAGAAAAAUAGAGAUUCCAUUGCCAAAUGAACAGUCGAGAAUGGAAAUUCUUAAAAUUCAUGCUGCUGGAAUCGCAAAGCAUGGGGAGAUCGACUAUGAAGCUGUUGUAAAACUUGCAGAGGGUUUUAAUGGAGCCGAUCUUCGCAAUGUUUUCACGGAAGCUGGAAUGUCAGCAAUUCGAGCAGAACGUGAUUAUGUCAUUCAUGAAGACUUUAUGAAGGCUGUGAGGAAGCUGAAUGAGGCAAAGAAACUUGAAUCUAGCGCGCACUAUAAUGCAGAUUUUGGGAAGGAGUAGAAAUGCUUUCUUUUGUUACCAUGGAAUGUGGGGCAAUGCGUUAUAUUUCUUUCAAAUAUUUAUGAUGCAUUAUUUUCAUUUUAAUCAUGUAGAACAUAUAUCACAGUUUACAAACUUUUAAGCCAUAGAUUUUAACUCUUAAAUUUUUAAAAA